ACUUCAACCCAACUUCCAAUUCACGCCCAACACCACAACACCAAUGGCCACCAAAGACAAACCUACCUCUUUACGAUAGCCUUCCCUCACCGUCUUCAACCAUUGAUCAAGGAAGAGAUCUCCACAAUGGCAGAACCACCGAAAGUCUUCAAAGAAGCAGUCCCCAAAGCGGCGACGGGCAACUAUAAUAGUAUUGCAGCGCAGUACGCAAGGGCCAAAGCUGCGAAGGAGAGCGAGGAUGAGAGGAAAGUUGGGGGGAUACUGGCUGGUUUUGGGUUAGGUGGGGAGAGUGCGGGGAGGAGGGGAGGGGCGAAGAAGGAAAGCAAAGGCGCGUUCGAGAGGUUGAAUGAGGUGAAGGCACAGAGGUUUAGAGGGGAGUGGGGGUGGGUUGUUGGGUUUUGGGUUUGGUUGCUAUGUAUACACGCCGCGGGCCUCUACUUCUUCACCAAAGGCUUCCUCCUCACCCGCCUCGUCCUAGAAGAGAAAUCCUCUUGUACCAACCCACCUAUUACUCUCAGCACCCAAUUUCAAGGAGCAGGCACACCAGAAGCAGGAUGUUGGCACCCUAAGACGUUCGACAAGGCGGUUGUGAUCAUCAUCGAUGCUCUGCGUUACGAUUUUACGGUUCUUUUCGAGAACAGCACCGAUAAUCCGAGCCAGGCAUUCCAUAAUGCUCUACCAUUUUUAUACGAGACGGCGGAGAAGCAGCCUCGGAAUGCCUUCUUGCUGCCGUUUAUUGCGGACCCGCCUACGACGACUUUGCAGAGGCUGAAAGGCCUUACUACCGGCACACUACCUACGUUUGUAGAUGCAGGCUCGAACUUUGCUGGGACGGCAAUUGAGGAGGAUACUCUUCUCAUGCAAAUGAAGGAUGCAGGAAGGAGGAUCGUACAUUUGGGAGAUGAUACAUGGACUGCGCUCUUCCCGGGGUAUUUUGAAGAGGGGAUCAGUAGGGCGUAUGAUAGCUUGAAUGUCUGGGAUCUCCACACUGUCGAUAAUGGCGUUACGGAGCAUAUCAUGCCAUUGCUAAGUAAGGAGAAGAGAGGGGAGUGGGAUGUCAUGAUAGCGCAUUUCUUGGGCGUUGAUCACGCGGGGCAUAGAUAUGGGCCUAAUCACCCUGCCAUGACUGCUAAACUGGAGCAGAUGAAUGUCGUGCUGAGAGAGGUGGCCGCGGCGCUGGAUGAGGAGACAUUGUUGGUUGUCAUGGGUGAUCAUGGCAUGGAUGGGAAGGGCGAUCAUGGUGGGGAGAGCGAUGAUGAAGUGGAGGCUGCGUUAUGGAUGUACUCCAAGAGAGAUGUGUUUGGGAGGACGAAAGUCGAUUAUAGGACCCCCCCGGCGACGGCGAAGGAGAGGCCUGUUAAUCAGAUUGAUUUGGUGCCUACUCUUGCUCUAUUGCUUGGGUUACCAAUUCCUUUUAACAACCUGGGAAGACCGAUUGAGGAGGCGUUCGCGGGUGUGAAGGGCAAUGCGUGGGAAAAUCUUGCAGCUGCGGCGAGGAUGACUGCUGCCGGCAUCAAGAGAUAUCAAGCUGCGUACUAUGUAGCAAGAGGCGUGGACGAAAGCACAGUCGAUGGUUCGCCAAAGGCACUGUGGACCACCGCAGAAACGACUCUUGGGGCUGGAAAGCACCAGAAUUGGAAGGACGGGUAUACGACUUUUCUAGCGUUCCAGGAAGAGACACUCAGGAUUUGCAGAAGUCUAUGGGCGAGAUUCGAUGUUCCUUGUAUGAUUCUGGGGAUUGGAAUCCUGGCUGGUGGAGUGCUAGCCUUGAUGCUUUAUGCCAAUGGGAAUUCUAAUGAUGGGGAUGCGGUCAAUGAUCCUGAGUUGGAUCGAGCGGAACUGCAAUUGGAGUUGGACAAUUUUGCUAAGGGAAACGCUACGGCCCUCGAAGAUGAGACGACCACUAGACUACUCUUCAGAGGAGCUUUAAUGGGCAGUCUUUUGGGCGUUGCUCUUUGCCCGGCUAUUUGGGUCAUGAACCAGAGCGAGAAUGUCUUGGAUUUCGGUCUCGCUGUGGGAUCAAUAUCUGGACUUCUGGGAGUUUGGUACCAAGAUAUGAGACGCAGAAUGAGCUUUGCCAACCCUUUGCCUACCACCAUCUGGGGAUGGCUCGCUGUCAUCUUUACUGUAAGCCAAUCCAUUGGCUUUGCCUCGAAUUCUUAUACCAUCUGGGAGGACUCCAUUCUGUUGUUCUUCGUUGCUACAUUUGGAGUUGCUUCGGCAUUUUCGUCGCUUAGACUUGAGAAUGCUGCUGAUAGAGCCUUGGGUAUCUACCAUUCAGUGGCUUUUAUUGCAUUGGGAUGGGCAGCUUCAUUCUCAAAACUCUGCAGAGAAGAGCAGAUGCCAUACUGUCGAUCAACUUACUACGCCUCGGCAACCUCGUCAACCUCCGCUCCAUGGCAACUGAUAAUUCCAUUCGUCAUUGCAGCUAUUCUGCCUGCAAUCGUCAAAUCAUUCUAUACUGGCAGCAGAUCCUAUGAAGGUUUGGCACCGGCUUGGAUCUCAUGGGCUUUCCGAUUCGGUCUCGUCCUCAGUGCUAUCUUCUGGACACUAGAUGCUGCAGAUGAUGGCGAGUGGUUUCCCAACUUCCCCUCUGGCUUGCUGAAAAAUAUCCGCGUCCCAAUUGCCCAAACGGUCUUCGCCCUUGCCCUUGUGGCAGGCUCAAUAGUCUUCGGCUAUGCUCCUCCUUGUAUAUCAAUCAGCACGACCGCCACCCCAACGCCAGGAUCUCAAAUCACCAACAGCUCCGGCGCCCGAGUCACCAUCCUAGGGUUCGCCAACGCCCACGGCACACGGUACCUCCUCCUCGUAACCAACAUCCUUCUCUGCGUCCUCAUGAUCCAAAAGCCCAUGGGCGCCGGCGCUAUCUCCCUCAUGGCUUGGCAAAUCCUCACCCUCCUCGAAAUCCUCGACCUCCUCUCCCUAACCUCCUCCCCAAUAGGGCCCAUCGUCUUAGCGCUCCUAGGCUCCUUCCACUUCUUCAAAACAGGGCACCAAGCAACAUUAGCCAGUAUCCAAUGGGAAUCGGCGUUCAUACCUCUACACACAAUCCGCUACCCCUGGUCCCCUGUCCUCGUCGCACUCAACUCCUUCGGUGCGCAGAUCCUGGCCGCGUCCGCUGUUCCCCUACUCGUACUAUGGAAACAGAAACCGCGGAAGAAGGGAUUGUUAAGGAGUGUGGUCACGGCAUUGAGUUGGCAUGUGACGUAUUAUGCUGUUGUGUGUCUUGCGACUACGAUGUGGGCAGGGCAUCUGAGGAGGCAUUUGAUGUUGUAUCGGAUCUUUAGCCCGAAGUUCAUGACGGCUGCGUUGGUACUUGUGGUUGUUGAUGUUAUUGGGAUUUGUGUUGCGCUGGUGGGGGUGAGGUUUAAUGGUUUGAGUGUGGGUGACGUUUUUGGCUGGGCUUGAAAUAGGCUCGAUCGAUGUCAGAGGGGGAUGGAUUGUAGAAAAUUUCAUUGGGUUACUUGAGCAUAUGGGUGGAGUUGUAUUUUAGAUUGCAUAGCGAGAGGUCUGGGGAUCCGGAGCAUCUGAACAGUUGAACUUGAGGAAGUGAGUCGAGAGGAUCUCAAGGUAUCCUCAGAAUGAAUGAGAAAGGGGUUGAAAAUAAAGCCGGUCUUGGAGGCCUCCCCCCAAAAAAUAAUGUCAGGAGUAUGAAACGAUGAUAGCCAAUGGAUUGUGAUCCUUUGAGAUUCGAUCACGAUUGGUCUUUGAUCUUUCUGUUGCUUGCGUUGGAGGCCUCCAAUCAUCACGUGCAGAGAAUCGGGUGGGAUGGAUUGUGGGUGCCUCCAAACCUAGAGCCUU